AUUAUUUUUUGUGUUGGAAAAGUAUUUAUCUUUUUCCUUUUCAUUUCUUUCUUUUUCCGGAAAAACAAAUCAUUGAAAGCAACAACUCUCUCCAUGCUACUUCGGCAAAUUGUAUGAUACAGCCUCUUUGGUUUCUAUCAUCUUCUACUUUCAUGAUCAAUCAUUUUUCCUUUUUUCCUCUAUUCUUUUGUUUCUUAGCUAUUGGAAAGAUUAGUGAGAUGGAGGAGGAAGAAGAACACCAUCAUCAUCAUCAACAACACCAUUGGCAACUCAUGAAUUCUCCCGAAAUCGUGGAGAUUUCCGACGACGGCACCGGAAACAGAAAUAUCGGAUUGACAACUAUUAAUGAUGUUUAUGUUGCAGUUGGGAAAAAUGACUUGCAUGUAGUUAAAUGGGCAUUGGAUCAUGCUGUUUCACCAGGAACUCAAGUCUUUCUUGUUCAUGUUUUCCAGCCUAUGACCUACAUUAAUACACCAGUUGGAAGGCUUGCAAGAAGCCAACUGAGCAAUGAUCAGGCGCGAGCAUACGUAAAUGAAGAUCGUAACAAGAGGAAAAAUCUCCUGGAGAAAUACAUACGCCUCUGUAAUGAUUCGAAGGUGAGUUUAGGAAGAAACUUUUUUUUUAAUUAAAUGUUGCUUAAUUUUGUGCCUUAAUUAAUCAGUAUUUGACUGUUGAACAGAUUUCGGUUUUAAUUAAGUUUUAGUUAUCAUUCCGAUCAUCUACAUUCAUUGAGAAUUUUUUUCAGGAGAUUAAUAUAUUAAAGUUUGAACAGGUCGAAAUUAGGUCUUCUGCCUAAUUUAUUUUAAAUUAAAGUUUGAAUAAAAAUAAAAAAAGAACUCUUCAAAAUGAGGAAAAAACAGAAUUGAGCCAACAAAAUUUGAGAAUUUUUUCAAGUUUUUUUUACUCUUAAUUGUUGAUUUACAAAUAUUGUUAAUUAAGAUCAGUACAUUGAUGACUUGUUUAAUCCCAAUUUCAAGGUUGCAGUGGACACAAUCCUUUUGGAGAGCAAUACAACAGCAAAAACAAUUCUGGACCUAAUUCCUAUUGUCAAUAUAACCAAUCUUGUCAUGGGAACUAAGCGGUCGCCUUUCAUAAGGUAAUUCAUUAAGCUACGUUAAAUUUGUAAUCGAAGUUGAAUAUAUUUGUUUAAAAUAUGUUAGGUUAUUUUUCCAUCUUCAUCCUUAGUGUAACUUUUUCAUAUAUUGGUGCAUUUUAAGGGAAACCCCAAGAUCAGCUACAGCAACUUAAUUGAGUCCUGUUUGUUUUUUGAGCACUUGAAUAGUUAUGGUUUUGAUUAAUGGUAAACGGAUUUCAUAGGUCAUAUACCUAGCGAGAAUCGAAUUCUCGGCCUUUUGAUAAUAACUAUCUCUAUUCUAAUUUUCUAACCGCCCCAUUUAACUCUCGUACUCUGUCAAUUUCCAACUUACUUUAACUUUAUAUUGAUCUUUUAUUUUGUCGAAUUACAAUAAUACUUCCGUGAAAUAUUUAUCAAUUGUAGGCAAUUAAGGAGGGGUCAAGGAAAAGGAGAAUAUGUUCAAAAGAAUGCACCUGAUUUUUGUAAGGUUACGCUGGUUUAUAAUGGACAGAAAGUUGAAAAUGGUCCACUUCAGCCAAUAGAGAACUUUGAGAAAAGGAGAAGACCGGAGACUACUCCUCACAACUUUGAACGAAACUUCUUUGAGUGUAUGUGCUUUUCAGGGAAGUCCAAUUGAAAAUUUCAUAAUACAUUUUUUUACUUUGGCUCCAAAACAAUUGUUUUGUUUGUGAUAAAAAAAAAGUAAUUAUUUUGUGACAAACAUAUAAAGAGAAAUUGUUCCUUGAAGGCUAGUGGAUAAACCAAUAUAGAAUUAAUUUAACUUAGUCAGUGAAAAAAAAAAUGAUGAUUUGGUACCUUGUGCAAAUGGUGUAGAAAAGAAAAUAAAUUCCCAACUAGAGUCUAUCUGUAUUUAUCCCCAUUGGACUUUUAUCUAUCAAUUUUACGCUGCAAUUUUUUACUUUCUCGGAGA